AUGAAGAAUACCGUCUUUCUCAUGUUGGCUGGCACUGCCAUUGCCAUGCCCGUCAACAACAAGGGUCUGCCAUUACGCAAGUCUCAUGGCAUCGAGAGUCGCACUUUCGGCGCCCUCGGUGCCGGUAUCGGUGGCCAUGCCUCCGGCGAUGUGGGUGCCACUCUUAGUGGCCUCGCGUCUGUCCUCGGUGGUGCUCAUGCCGCAGGAGGCGCUCACUCCGGCGGCCUAGGAUGGGCUGGCCUUGGUGCGAAUGCUGGUCUUGGUGCAAGUGUUGGCGGAGGCGCUGACCUAGGCGCUGGUCUUGGUGCUAGUGCCCAUGGCGGUGCUGGAGCCGGUCUGGGUGCUGGUGUCAGUGGAGGAGCCGACUUGGGCGCUGGUUGGGUGCUGGUGCUCACGGCGGUGCUGGAGCCGGUCUGGGUGCUGGUGUCAGUGGAGGAGCCGACUUGGGCGCUGGUCUGGGUGCUGGUGCUCACGGCGGUGCUGGAGCCGGUCUGGGUGCUGGUUGGAGGCGCUGACCUGGGCGCUGGUCUGGGUGCUGGUUGCGGUGCGGGUCGCUGGUGUCGGCUGGUGCUGGUGCUGGUGUGUGUUGGUGGCGGUCUUGGUGGUGACGCUUCUGGUGACGCUUCUGCCGGUGUCUCUGGGGGUGUCUCCGGCGGUGCUUCUGCUGGUGUUUCUGGCGAUGCUUCCGGUGACGCCUCAGGCGAUGCCUCUGGUGAAGCUUCAAAUGGCUUCCCUGGUGCAACUGGCGUCUCUCCUAUCACCUCCCCUGGUGCUUCUGGUGAAGCUUCUGGUGAUGCCUCCGGUGAUGCUUCAGGCGGUGUUUCUGGCGGUGUUUCUGGCGGUGUCUCUGGUGGUGCCUCUGGUGAAUCUUCCGGUGAUGCUUCCGGUGAUGCUUCAGGUGGUGUUUCCGGCGGUGUUUCUGGCGGUGUCUCUGGUGGUGCCUCUGGUGAAGCCUCUGGUGAAUCUUCCGGUGAUGCUUCCGGUGAUGCUUCAGGUGGUGUUUCUGGCGGUGUUUCUGGCGGUGUCUCUGGUGGUGCCUCUGGUGAAUCUUCCGGUGAUGCUUCCGGUGAUGCUUCAGGUGGUGUUUCCGGCGGUGUUUCUGGCGGUGUCUCUGGUGGUGCUUCUGGUGAAGCCUCUGGUGAAGCCUCUGGUGAAGCCUCUGGUGAAGCCUCUGGUGAAUCUUCCGGUGUUCCUUCCGGUGAUGCUUCAGGUGGUGUUUCUGGCGGUGUCUCUGGUGGUGCCUCUGGUGGUGCCUCUGGUGGUGCCUCUGGUGAAGCUUCUGGCGAAGCUUCCGGUGACGCCUCUGGCGGUGCUUCUGGCGAUGCUUCUGACGAUGCUUCUGGCAAUGCUUCCGGUGACGCCUCUGGUGAAUCCUCCGGUGAUGCUUCGGUUCCUGCCCCGACUGGUGUUAGCCCUACUGGGGAGGACACCGAUGCUACUGGCACCGGUACUGCUCCCCUGACCUGGAGCACCAGCGUUAGCUUCUCUUGGCCCGGUGCCACUGGCUCGGCUAGCGGCUCAGCGUCUGCUAAUGCUGGAGCAUCUGCUAAUGCCGCUGCCAACGCUGCCGCGAGUGCUGGAGCAUCUGCUGAGGCCAGUGCCAACGCUGCAGCAUCAGCUGGAGCGGAUGGCUCCACCUGCGGUUGCGAGUGA